UUUCUCACCACCAAAGCUAGCUAAAGAGAAUUAAGCAGCUUGUCAUACGACAAAAAAUAAGUUCAAUAUUAACAUCAUGGAACUAAAUUAUAUCAAAGCUGCUCUCGUGUUGACAAUAUUAGCAUAUUUGACCAAUAAUACCACUGGAAGAAUAGGCCUGGUAAAUGGAAGAAAUGAUAUCAAGAUGGGAAAUCGUGCAGUAAAAACUGGGCAGUAUAUACUUAAAUUAAAGGAGGAAAUGACAAACGGUCAAGCUGGACACAAGUUCUCCAGUUUAAGAAAUCGUGCAAAGGAAAUGGGGUGCAAAACGAAGAAUAUAAGAGAACUAUACACACAUCAAAGGAAGGCACAUCGGUCAAACACAUUGAGGCUAUACUCGAUCGAGUGUGAUAACCAAAGUUUCUUAGAAGAAUUACGAACGGAUGCUGAAAUAGAUAGUGUUACUGAAAACAUCAUAUUGGAUACGCAAUCCUGUGCAUUCACCGAUACAACUAAGUUUCCUUCAUCUUGGGGGCUUGAUCGGAUUGACCAAGAACUCCUGUUGGAUGAUUCCUUCAUGGCAGAUUACGACCCAGUGAAAGGUUAUGACUCUGUUGAUGUAUACAUCAUAGACACGGGGAUAUACGACGACCACCCUGCAUUUCAAAAAUAUGGAAACAUUGUAUCGAAAUAUAAUUCUGUAUCUCAACUCAAUGAAGCGGCUGAUUUUCCGCCAGGCCAUGGAACUGCAAUGGCAGGAAUAAUUGGAGGGGAGUAUGGCGUGGCACCAGGAGUUCGAAUGCACGCAGUUAAAGUAUUUGAUGACUUUUCAUAUGCUACAAUAGCGUCACUGAUGGCAGGGAUAAGCUGGGUACAACAACAGAUCCAGGCCUCAAAUCGUAAAAGUAUUGUCAACAUAUCGUUGGGUGCAACUUUUUACACCUGUGAACCCUUAGAAGAUGCUGUGGCUAAUCUAGUCCAGGAGGGCGUCCCUGUAGCGCUUGCAGCAGGUAACAGCUACAAUGACGCUUGCAACAACACACCAGCACGAUCUCCAGUAGGAAUAACAGUCGGGGGUUCUGACAUGAAUGACGACCUGUGGGUGGACACAUUAUCAUAUGGAUCAAGUUAUGGAAGCUGCGUCGAUAUCAUUGCACCGAGUAAGGACAUCCUUGCACCUAAAUAUUGGGGUGGAUUGACGUACGAGUUAUGGUCAGGCACAUCAAUGGCAACUCCAUAUGUCGCGGGGGCAAUGGCAGCAUACUGGCACGACAAUCCUAAUAAAACUUACAUCGAAGUAAUGGAUUGGGUAAAAGAGUCUUCCACGCGUGAUAUUCUGAAGAACCUGCCUACGGGAACUCCAAACAAGUUACUGAGGACCACAGGAUGCCCUCUGCCUAGCUAAAACAAGUAAUUGUGGACUGCCAUCUGCAGAUUCAGUUUCUUAUAAAAAGAACAUCACAUGAUGAAAAUUAAAUGUACUCUGGUGCUCUCCUAUUUUUGUAAAUAAAUAAGAUAUAAUAUAACAGCCGAAGAGAGGGAUCUAGUUUUCAUCAAAUGACAAAACAUUUGAGGAAGCCUAAAAUGGAAACCGGGGCAUAGUCUAGUUAUCUAUACCAAGUAUUGUAUGUUAUGAUGGACAAUGUAAUAAGGAAGCUAUGGCAUGUAUGGUGAAUAAAGGUAAUUGUCA